AUGGUGACUCCCCGUCCGAUCGUUGUACGUGAGGUUUGGCAAGACAACCUCGAACAAGAAUUCUCUGAAAUCGGCCGAGCUCUCCACCAUCAUCGUUUCGUCGCCUUGGACACUGAGUUCCCAGGUCACGUCUUCCCUGCUCCCUGCCGCAAUCACUCUAAACUGUCUCCCGCUGAGAAUUACCUAUCCAUGAAGCGCAACGUUGAUGCAACUAAGAUUAUUCAACUGGGUUUGGCUCUGUGCGAUGCAAACGGGGAUUCUUGCCUUGUGUGGCAGUUCAAUUUCAGGGACUUCAACAAGGAGACUGAUCUUCUCAAUCCGGACUCUAUUGCGUUACUGGAGCGGCAGGGAAUUGACUUCCAAAAAAAUCGAGAAAUGGGUAUAAACUGUGUGGAUUUUGCGAGGCUAAUCAUAAAUUCUGGUCUCUUAAGAAAUCCGACCGUCACUUGGGCAACUUUCCACGGAGCUUAUGAUUUUGGAUACUUGAUCAAAAUCUUGAUCGGGAGAGAACUGCCGUUUGAUCUGAUGAAGUUUAUGGGUCUGGUGGUACAUUUUUUUGGGUACAGGGUAUUUGAUAUUAAAAAUAUGAUCAGAAAGUGUGAUGGACUGUAUGGAGGGUUGGAGAAGGUAGCCAAGGCUUUAGGGGUGGAUCGGGUUGCUGGGUCGUGUCACCAAGCUGGGUCUGACAGUUUGUUAACGUUGCAUACCAUAAUGAAACUGAAAAAUGUACAUUUCUUUGGAAAAUUUUUGAUUGAGUUUCAGUUGGUUCUUUACGGCUUGGAAGUUGACAGAACUAGACUCUUGACUGCACCAAAGUUUCCUAAGAUUAUUUACGUUAUGCAUCCUGAAAAUUGUUGUCUAAGCAUUCCUUACUCCCUGCAACCCAUAAACUGUGGUCCAAGAUUGUUUCAAGGGAGUUAUGGUGGAUAUUAUGUAUGA